AUGGUCUUGCGUGGAAGGCUGCCUAUCACGACAGAUCUAGACUCUGCUCCUUUGGUUUCCAGUUCAGCCAUCUCGGAUACCACGUCUUCGUCGAUGAACGCAGUCUUCAAUGAUAAUGCCUCUAGCUGUGCUUCAACUAUCCCUGCGCCCACUAAACUUCUCGUCGACAUCCAGGAAUACCCCGCAAUUCCAUCCAGCUGGGAGGAGUACCUUAAAAGACAAGGCGGGAAUGACAAGCUUGUGGAGGGGUUGGAGAGCGUGCAUGCAACGUCGGAGCAUAUCUUCAAGGCUCAGAAAGAGGAAAUUCAGCUAAGAAGGCAUCAGAUCAGCGUGUUAAAAGAACAACGUAGGAAAUAUCAGGAAACACUGUGCAUGACUAAAUUGACGCAGGAACGCGAACUUUGCUGCUCCGGUUGUGGGAAUCUUGCCUGGGAUCCUCAAGUGUGCGUCUCAAGUUGUUUCGUCGUCGUUCUCACAAACAUCUUAUCCUUAGAGCAAUAUGUGGACACACGAUCUGUUCUCGAUGCAUUGAUCAUGAGCGACAAGCAGCUAGUAUUUCUGGUCGAACGAGGCGGUGCCCGAAGUGCAGAGCUUAUAUCUACAGACCUCCCGUCCCAUCGAUAA